AGAGCAGAUAUUCGAACUAUGUGGAAUGCUGUGCAUUUGGUGGUGAUUUUGAAGGCAGUUUGUUUGUGGCUCGCUGCAGCAAAGCUGAAAGCGUCUGAUUAUAGGGUGGGAUUUGGAUCUGGAACUGAGCACUAUAAUGCCGCUGCAGACAACAAUCAAUUGCAGGAGGCGAAGAAGAAGACGAAUCCGAGACCCGCAGUGCAAGUAAAAGUGACAAAUGAAGUGGAAAGUGCCCUCAGAAUGAGAACGAUGAUGAUGAUGCGGAUGAGAAAUCGGGGUGGUGAGCUGCGACGGUGGCAGACGAACUACCAUUUUGACACACAAAUGCCACUGCUGUCUGGUUUCGGCCUAAUGGGUCCCAACCGGGUGCCAAUAUUGGAUAAGCAGCAGGAGCAGAAGCAGGGGCAUAACUUGGCGCAAAGUCCCAGUUCGGUUGAACAGCAAUUACUACGCCUGCAGCCGGACUACAAAUUGCUGUACAAUGCCGAGCACCACACCUAUUUCCACCUGCACACUCUCGUCCUCCCGGAGGAGAAAAUCAGGAUGAAGACCAGGCCAGGACCUGCGAAAUCCGAGCAGCAGGCACCGCAUCGCAGACUGUUCCAGCAGGUCGUGGGCAACACGCUGACCGCCGCCUUUGGCCUAAAUGUGAUGGACAGCAAGGGGCAAGUGGAGGUGGAGGGGCAGGCGGGGCAGGUCAUUAGCGAACAGGUGAAUCUCUACGAUGCCGCCUCGCUGCGCCGGUCGCGCUUCAGUCCUUUCAAUCCCACGAGAAUCCUUAUUCACGGAUGGCUGGGAAAUGCAAAUGCCAAUAUGUACAGUGCCCUGUUGCCGGCGUAUUUUGAUCUGAAAAAUGGCAACUACAAUAUUUUCACCGUGGACUGGGGACGUGGAGCCAUAGCGGACUAUAUAACGGCCAGUUAUCGGGUGAAGCCGGUGGGUCAGGUGCUGGCCAAGUUUGUGGACUUCCUGCACGAGGAGGCGGGCCUGCGCUUCGAGGAUCUGCAGCUGGUUGGCUUCAGCAUGGGAGCCCAUGUGGCGGGAUUGGCGGGCAAGAAUCUGCAGACCGGUCGUCUUCGGAUGAUUCGGGCUUUGGAUCCGGCCCUACCCUUCUUUCGAUAUGCCAAAGAAAAGGAACGAUUAACGCGGCAGGAUGCCGACCACGUGGAGGUGCUGCACACCAGUGUGGGCAGCUACGGAUUUGAUCGACCUCUGGGUCAUGCGGAUUUCUAUGCCAAUUGGGGCAGCCAGCAGCCAGGAUGUUUUUGGCACGAAUGCAGCCAUUGGCGGGCUUUUAUGCUCUUUGCCGAAAGUCUCUCGAGGAGUCAGGAUCAGGACACGGGUGGUUUCUUGUCCCUUGGCUGUCCAGCCAGUGAAUGGCAGCAGUUGACCCGUUUCCAUCGCUGCCCAAAGGACACUGGCAUUAUCCAGACCAUGGGCGGCGAUUUGGCCAACGUUUCUGCGGAUUUCUUGGCCCAAAGGCAGGGUGUCUAUUAUUUCCAAACAAACGACCAGCCGCCCUAUGUUUUAGCACAAAAUUCCAGCUCGCAAAAGGGUGGUACACAAAUAAAUAAACAGAGAAAUGGCUGAAGAGAACGUAAUGAGCAAAAUGCAACAGCAGUUCGCGUUUUUAUUUCUAAUUAGUAAGUGCAUGUUGUACUACACACUCACACACACGUGUAUGUGUUUGUGCUGUCCCAUUUCUAAAAGCCGGCUGGCAAAAUUAAAAAAUGCUGCCAUGUGUAAAAUGCUUUUCAUGCCAGUAGCAGGCAGCAAAAAUAGCAAAAAAAAAUAAAGGAGUAAAGCUUGUGAAAACAUCCAUGCAGGAAAUAUUAGGACAAACACAGGAACGGAGUGUAGUUCAGUCUGGAAAAUCAACUAGAAAUGGGUAUGCCAAAACAAUAUAUGAAACCAAAAUAUAAGCCGAUUUAACGAGACAAGCUCGCUAAUGAAAUCUAUUUAACCCCUACAUAUUUUAACCAUUUUCUAUAACCUAAGUUUAU